GUGCAACAACGUCAAGGCUGUUGUUGAUGCCACGAUAAGCAAAAAAUUUACAACAACAAAAAUCAAAAAAAAAACACACACCCAAUUAUGCCAACUACUUGCCGUUUUAAAUUUUCGCGCACUACCCCAAUCUACUACAGUGGCGAACAAAUAACUGGCAGUGUAAUUUUGAGUACCACAAAACAGCUGCCUGUUGAAGCAAUUCACCUCUCUUUGGUUGGAUGUGAGCGCGUGCAGUGGCUGGCGAGGAAUAGAAGCGCAUUGAUUCCACAUAACGAUAGCGUUGAGAAGGAGGACAACAAAGAGCUCUACCAUGGCAAGCAGGAGCAUUUAUGUGAGUCAUACACGCUUGCCAAGGCAGUGCGCUUGUUGCCGGGUGAGGUGCGUUUAGAGGAGUUUUGUUUCAUGCUGCCACACGAUGUGCCAGCUAGCUGUGAAAUGAUCUAUGGUGAGGUGGUUUACUAUGUGCGGUUGGUGUUGCAGCGCAAAUCGGUGUGCAAUAAGGUGUUCAAAGCGCGCAUAACGGUCAAAAACCGAUUGGAUUUAAGCAAUGCCACAGAUUUGGUUGAGCCUCAUGAACUCACCAUACCCUGUGUGCCCACAACUAGUGAUGAGGCUGCGCCACUCAACUUCACUCUGUCCACGGGCACUGGCUAUGUGCCCGGCCAAAGUAUUUUCUAUACGCUGUAUGGUCGACACAAAUUUGCGGCAUGCAACAGAUUACGUGUGAACUUAUGUCAACUAAGCACAUUUCGUGCAAGCAAACCGCAGACGAAAACGAAGGAGUUGCUGAAGGUGCUAAAAAGUAAUACCCACAAAAUAGGUUCCUCAUACGUCACGGUGUGCGGUCAGCUAAGCAUACCGCUAGUGGCGCACAUUACACUGAAGAGUAAUGAAAAUAAUCUCAUACAAAUCAGUCAUUUUGUUGAAGCUAUGCUGAUAAAUAAGAAGCACAUCUUACAAAAGUUAAUCAUACCGAUUGUGAUUGGUACAGUACCUCCAAAGAGGAAAGAACGAACGCCGGAGGAGAAGUCUUUCGAGCUACUCGAACAUUUUUAUUGUUACGAUAAUUUGGCGACUGACGAGAUUUGCGACACGAGUAUACCUCCUGAAAAUAAAAAUAACUCCCUUACAUCUGCUAACUAUAAAUUUCUACAAAAGCUGCCCUGUGAACUACUUUUAGACUCUUAUGACGCAUCGGCUAAUAUGUUGCAGCAACAUGUUGCAUAAAUUAGACAACGUUAAUCUCCUACAACUAGCAAUAUAUUAAAUAGUAUUAAAAAUAUAUGUACGUGUACAUUAGGGAGGUUCUUAAAAGUAUGCAAAUCUAAAAUUCUAAUCUAAAAUUUCUGGUGAUGCAUUUCAAAAUAUACAUUAGAAUGUCUCACAAAAAAAAUCAGAUUUUUUCCACCGGAAUUAUAUAACAGAAAAAAAUUUCGAAAAAAUACUAGGGCUUACGUGAGCUAAACCGAGUUGAAAAUACCCAAAAAUCACUUUAUUUUGAUACCGUUGAUACAAAUUCUAAACGUUUUUAUGCAGAUUUUCAUUUUUAGCCAAUUUCAUCAUCUGAGCUGAUUUUUUGGAAAUAAUAUUCUUAAAAACUUAUUUUGUUUAUAAAAAACCAAAUUUCUCAUUG